AUGCGUGUUCAACAACUCAUUGUGUUAGGAGGUCUCAGCACUGUUUUGGGUGCGCCAAUUGCUGAGCCCGAGCCAGCUCCUGUCGCUCAGUUCGAUUACAAGAACUAUGGAGACUACGGCAAUUAUGGAAAAUAUAACUCUUACCCUACAACUACUUCAUCGACGCCCGCUGCAACACCCACGUCUUAUUCUCCCUAUGCAUCCUACGGCAAAUAUGGGCGGGAUGCUGCUCCUGAGGUCCAAGAACGCGAAGCAUCUCCCGAGCCUGCCCCAGUAGACUAUGGAAACUAUAAAUCCUGGUAA